CAACCAUACAACAUAUAUCACUAGAUCAGCCAUACUAAAGCUAUAACAUUGCAAUUCUGUGUCCCUGUGCAACACCCUACCUUACACCAUAGCAUCGUCAGCCUACCACAGCCUUCUCUCUGCAGCACUCCUACCCUUCAAACCGAUAGGAAUCAAGCCCUUUUCAAGAGCGACUUCACAACUAUAGGUAGUGCCUAAGUCGUGCGUGUCCUCUAAGCUUGCCGUCAAGAUGGCGCUGCAGCCAUGGACGCUACGCCAUACAUAUAGACCCCGCGGUCGCGUUGUAGCUUCCUGCUCUGCAAGCAAUCGCUUCAAGCUGCGAGCUGUUGGAGGUGUUGCUGCCGUACCUGCCGUACCCGCACUGCUGCACACCCAUUUCCCCAGCCGCAACCCCAGCCGCGACAGUGCCGGUGGCGGUGUCGCCUCAAUCCGCCGGAGGGGCCUGCCUCUAUGUCGCGCGGAGCAGCAGCAGCAGCAGGGGCAGGGACAGCAGCAACUGGGAGACAAGGAGGAUGUUGGGGAGCAGGAGGAGAUGUCGAACAAGGCGCAUCCAACUAGCGAUGGCAAUGGGGUGGGCACCGACACCGCUGCUACAAUCACCACCACCGCCACCACCGCCACCAUCACCCCCGCUGCCGCCGCCUCCUCCUUCCCUCCCGAGCUGCUGGAGGGAGAGGAGCUGCCGUACAGGGAGCCCGACAGUACGGCAAAGUUCUGGACGAGCUUCAAGCUGGCGUUUGCGCUGCCGUGGCGGCGGUUCAAGAAGAACUCCGUGCUGUCAUUCAAGCUGGAGGGGGAGGUCAGCGACCAGCAGCGCUCCUUCUUCGACCCGGGGCUGUCCAUGCCGGCACUGUGUACGGCAAUGCGCAAGGCGGCUCUGGAUCCACGGAUCCAGGGGCUGGCGAUUGAGAUUGGGCCGCUGGGGGUUGGGUGGGGCAAGGUGCAGGAGAUCAAGAGGCACAUCGAGCACUUCCGGUGUUCCGGCAAGUACGUGGUAGCCUGGAUGAAGUCGGGUGGCGAGAAGGAGUACUACCUGGCUUGUGCGUGCAGCGAGGUAUACGCGCCGCCCUGUGCCGCCGUCAGCCUGAGGGGCUUCGUGACGGGAGGUUCCUUCCUGCGCGGCGUGCUGGACAAGGCGGGUGUUGAGCCGCAGGUGGAGCGCAUUGGCCGCUACAAGAGCGCGGGGGACCAGCUGCUGCGGCGGGACAUGGCGCCGGAGCAGCGGGAGCAGCUGGGGGCCAUACAGGCUGAUGUGGUGGAGGAGUGGCUGCGACACGUGGCGGCAGCCCGGGGCAAGACACGGGAGGAGGUCGUUGCGUUCGUCGAGGAGGGCGUGUACGACAUGGCUCGGUUCAAGGAGGGCGGUUGGGUAACCGAUUUGUGGUACGAGGACCAACUGAUUGAGGAGCUCAAGAUGCGGACCACGGGCCUGCGCCCCCGGGAUGGUGAGAGCGAGGGCGAGGUGGCGGCGCGCGAGAAGGAGCUGUCCAAACCGCUGCGGCGGGUGGGACUGCGGAAGUACGGCAGCGUGGAUCCGGGGGCGUUCGGGCUGGGCGGGGGCGGCGGGGGCUGGGGGCGGGGAGGUGGCAAGAAGAUUGCCGUACUGCGGACCUCAGGAGCCAUCCUGGGCAAGUCCUCGGGUGCGGGCGGCUCCAACAUCACCCCCGACUCCGUCAUUCCCAAGCUGCGAGCGCUGGCCAGGGACAAAUCGGUUGCCGCUGUUGUCCUGCGUAUCGACUCCCCGGGCGGCGACGCGCUCGCCUCCGACCUGAUGUGGCGCGAGGUGGUGGCGCUGCGGGGCAGGAAGCCGGUAGUGGCCAGCAUGGCGGAUGUGGCGGCCAGCGGGGGGUACUACCUUGCAAUGGGGGCGAGUGCCAUCGUGGCCGAGCCGCUCACCAUCACGGGCUCCAUCGGGGUGGUCACCGGCAAGUUCAACCUGGCGCAACUGUACGACAAGAUCGGCUACUCCAAGGAGCUCAUCAGCUGGGGCCGGUUCGCGCAGCUGCUGGCUGACAACCGGCCCUUCACGCAGGAGGAGGCGGCCCUCUUCUCCGCCGCCGCCCAGCAUGCCUACACCUCCUUCCGCGACAAAGCCGCAGCCAGCAGGGGCAUGCGGCAGGAGGAGAUGCAGGCGGUGGCGCAGGGGCGGGUGUGGUCGGGGACGGCGGCAAAGGAGGUGGGUCUGGUGGAUGCACUGGGCGGGCUGCAGCGGGCGGUGCGGCUGGCGGCACACGCGGCGGGGCUGCCCCCAGGGGAGCAGCCGGCGCUGGUGGAGGUGGGGCGGCCGGCGGCACCCUCGCCCGCAGCACUGCUAGGCGCCGGCGCCAUGACACUCCUGGGGAUGAUGCUACCGCGCGCCGCCUCCUCCUCCCCUGCCGCUGCCGCUGCUGCUGCCGCUGCCAUCUCUGCCCUGAGCGGCAGCGGAGCCCCUAGCAGCAGCAGCAGCAGCGGCAGCCUUAGCAGCAGCAGCAGCACUGCGCAGCAGCUUGCCGCCCUGGCCUCCGCCGUACUGCUUCAAGAGCCCGGGCGCUGCGCCUACCUCAUGACUGACGUGGAUGCUACAUCCGUAGCUUGCAGCAGCAGCUGUAGCAGCAGCAGCGGUAUGAGUGGUACGGCAGCAGCGGUUGGGUCGCUUAUGGGUGGUGGUUUGGGUGUUGGUGGCGGUGGUGGUGCGUACGACAACGAUUAUGGGUUUUUGUCGGAAGGAGAGCAGCAGCAGCAGUGGGGGGAGGUUGGAGGGUUUCUGGGCGGGAUUCUAGGGAAUAGGUGGUGGUGGUGGUGAUGUAGACAGAGGGGAUAAAGAGGUUGUAACUAUGGAGUGAACUAAAUGAGCGACUAAUGGUGAUUGUCGCGGUCGUUACGGCGGUUGGCCUGGCGAGUUGCCGUACGAUCUUUACUGUGAGUAAACACAGGAAUGUAAUGUUGUAAUGGCGAUACAGGCGAUUUGAGGAGCGGCUGCCCCGCUUUCUUGUGGUGACUUCAUACUUUUUAUGACGGGGGGAGGGUUAAGGACGUAGACAAGUGGCGGUGGAUGAAACUGCAUGUUGGAGUACGAUAGUUCCUUCUUUUGGGGUUAUGACCCAUGGGUCACUCAGCGUGGUUAAGAGCACAUGUGUUUGUUCACAAGCGUGCCAGCAGCAGGUUGUGGGGUUGUGGUUGCCGUAAUUGCAAGGAUUCUCUGUGUGUCGGUACGCAUCCGUACACCCAUCCGUACACGCAUCAGUACACAACCCGUACCUUGAUGGGUGUACGGAUGAUCUAUGGGUUUACGGAUGUCGUCUCGUGUGUUUGUACACUUCCUGCGUACGUACACAAUUUUAGAGAAAGAAAUUUGCGGAGAACAGCAUUCUCGCUCAGACCUUGACAAACCCCGCUGAUGUAAUCCUCCUCGCUCUUACAUGGACGGGGCGGCACUCAGGCGGACGCCGCAAAGGU